CCGCCUCUUUUCACUGAGUCAAUUCGCCCCAUUGCAGCCAUUUUAAUCUAGACUUCAGUUGCCAGUGGACUGAAUGAUGCUUGUUUAAGACCGUUGAAAGCAAGGUGUUGCACUGACUCUUCGGUUGCCUAGGCAAAGCUCCCCCCCCUCCUCCCUGCAGCACAUGCAAUCAGGAGCAGAGGGUGAAAAGCAAGACAGACUUCGGGAGCUCUCAAACAUUUUACCUCAAGGCAGAUGUCAUGAAUUACACAGACCCGGUUGUGGAGAAGGCCGUCAACUCCUGGUCCAGAAUCGCCUCGGCUGGACAGACUGUCCUUCUAGAGGCAUUACAGAUCCUCAACCCCAUGUCAAAGGAUCUCUCGGACACCGAGGAACUAGUAACCUUUCUCCAAGGGCUUAAAGAAGAAGGCCACAAGCCCACAGUGCUACGAAGCAAAGAUGUUUAUGGAUAUAGAUCCUGUACAGCCAGAACACUACCAGAAGAGAUGUGCUGUACAGACACGACUAGCAAGGGCUCAAGGACAGGCAAGAGGAGGGGAAGGAAGAAGAAGAAGGAGUCUAACAAGUACGCAUCGUGGACUACUAGUGCAUCAGAAUCUCACAAAGGAUCUGUCUUUUCCCGACCUCCGGUUAUGACUAUUGAACCUCCACUGAUACAGCAAUGUCUGAAACUAACAAACAUUACAGGUUUGACGAGAGGCCACACCGCGAGACUACAGAUUCACUCUCAACUUUCAGGGAUACCGUUGCAGAACAUGGGUAGAACACCAAAAGCAGUGGCAUUGGUCGGUCAAAGGUAUCAUCCCUCCUGUCCGGAAUGGAACGGGGCCCUUAUCGGAGACUCCGCCCCAGUGAUGUAUCAAAACGGCCGAGGAGUUUACAACUACAAGAUUGACGUGUCAAACCACAGACGGUCCUGGAGGGACGACCAGUCUCUGUGGGUGAUGAACAAUCAGGAGGAGUGUCGUCUGGAUGAGAACAGCCUGCGGUGGAAGGUGGUCAAAGUGGACGACUGCAUCACAGUGGAGGAACUGAGGAGGAAGGCCCAGAGGAUCCUGCAGGUGAACCUGUCUCCUGUGAUACAGAUACGACCGCUAUAUGAAACUGUAGCAGAAUACCAGCGUGAUAUCUCCAGUGACUUCUUGGUUUAGGCUAGCGUUCAUUUUGCAACACGGCUUGACUGAGCACGCUGAGGUUUGACUUUUACUGUUGAAGCCAGAAGGGGAACAUUACGUCGGCAUCGUCUGACUACAGUACAGUAUGUUUCUUGUAUUGUGCAACGACGGGAUGAUGUCAUGGAUCUAACGUGUCAACAGGACUGAAGAAACUGACGUGUCACAGAAGUUACACACGGUGGUGCUUGAAAGACACUCCAUAGACCUUACAGUGCAGAAUGGUGCACAUUUAGUUGAUUUUUUUACGAGCUUAUGUUUUGUACCUUGAGGAUGGACUGAUGGAUUUGGUAAACGGUGUCACUGUAGGACCACUUUUCUUGCAAGAACAAAAAUAAAAUGUUUACCCUAUUUGGUCUAGCCUACACGACACUUUGCUGAUUUUGGUCACCUGAAAUGAAUGUGCAAGACUUCUCUUGAUUUAGCUCUUCCUGUUGUCACUGACUCAUUUGAUUGCCAUUUUUAUCUACUUUUGUGUAGUCUAGACUGUUUCAUUGAGUUUAAACUUUGACGGCCUCAGAUUUAUUCUGUGUUUUCUGAAUGUAAGCACUUGAAUCGUAGCAAUUCCAUUGCAGGACUAAGUUUAAAAUGGCCUUAUUCUUUUUAACUAAAAUAAAUAGUAUUUUUGUAGUGGCUUUUUUUUAAUAUAUAUAUAUAUAUAAUUAUAUUUUCUCUGGGCAAAGCAUUUAAUAGCAUCAUCAACCACCCUCUUCAUCUUUUGUAGUCUAUUAUUGAACCUGGAUUGCAGAAUUAUUCCAGACUUUUGAAAAUUGGAAACAUGGAACAGAUACUAGUUUUAGAUCGGACGCUAACUUUGCAUCGGUGCUAACUGGGAACCAGCUAAAUCUGGCCAUUGUGAAGAAGUUGCCACAAAGUGUUUUGUGAUCCAUCUUUCAUCAUUAGUUUAGUUGAAUGGUUUCAGAUGUGUUGUUUCCAUGACUUAUUUUAAGUUUGGUAUUGAACAUGUUGUAUUGUAGUGGCACAGUCCAUCAAGGGUAGCCUACUUCACGGGUCCUGUCCCAAAUGGCACCCUUUUCCCUUUAUAGUGCACUACUUUUGACCCGGGUCCCAUAGGGUUCUGGUCAAAUGUAAUGGACUGAAUAGGGUGCCAUUUGGGAAUCAUCCAUAAUUGUGGUUUAGCAACUCUUUAGUGUUUUUUUUUUUAUUUGCUUGCUGCGUCUUCAUCUGGAUUUAAUUUAACAUUUUCACCAUCCCAGAAGUUACAGAACAAAAGUACAGUCAAAUUAAGGAAUGGGUUUAAGGUUUUUGUUAGGUCGGGUUUAAUGUUAGGGAAAGUGAAGUGUUCAAAUGUUUUGAAUCAUGUUGUGGCCCAAAAAUCAGGGCCUUAAGUUGAUCCUUUGUUGCCAUAUGUUGAAAAUAUUGUAAAUGUUACUGAAUGGUUGUGUUCAGACCAGGGAACAACCAGUCAUUGCGAUUGCCAAAGGCGUUCUUCGAGAAAAUGACAGAUUACUAUGGCUGUAAAAAGUUUUUUUUUUGUGUUCAGCCAAUCUUAAUUUCAGUGUACCGAUAUAAAAUGACGAAAUGAAGUUGCCAUGUUAUUUUGAACUAGGGUAUGUAUGUAUGUAUGUAUGUACAAUAGGUCAUGGGUUUUAUACAACACUUAUUUGCAGCAAAUACGUUUUUUUCACGGGAUCUUUAAAGCCUAAUUUAUACCUCAUGCAAGUAUGCAACGCAAGAACGUAAUUAUCUACUCAAAAUGGCGAUCCUGCAUAGUUUCGAAUUACACAAACAUAUGCAGCCCUGCAAUUUGUAUGUACGCAUAAUGGCCAUUUUGCUUAGAUAAUUGUGUUAUUUGCGUUGCACUCUUGUGUCUUGUAUAGAUAAGUACUCUUGUCACAUGACACAGUGCUGCAGUUUUUCAACCAACUGUGUGUCUCUCAGAUGUGUUUUUUGUUUUGUUGCAGUUGGUUGAAAUUUGCUGAACAAAACUGUACAGUGUGUGUUGGAUUAAAUUUUCUGAAAUUGCUCAAUAAAAUGAAUCUAAAAAAGGCA